UUGUGCUGUGUAAUGACACACUCACGAGUCACUCGUUGAAAACAGCCUGAGACGUACAUGUGUGACUGUCUUGUGUAACUGUGGUAAAUUCACGGCAUUGCGUCGGCAUUAUCUAAGAGCGCGGCUCCUUCCUGGCUCUUCUUUGUGGCGGAGGGAGGAUCUCGGAAUGCUGCCAGCUGGUGACAGAUGCAGGGAUCACUGAAGCGCUCCAGCAGCGAGAAACACAGGAAGACGAGUUACCGCAGUCAACAUGCCUCAGUAUUCUGACCUGGAGAGCGCCAUUGAUACACUGGUCAGCCAGUUCCACUCUGCUUCAGCCGACAAGUCUCCGACGCUGAAAAGUGAUGAAUUCAAAAAUCUUUUGUCCUCCCAGAUGCCCAAUCUGAUGAAGGGGGUCGGCACCGACCAGGGAUUUGGUGAUAUCCUGCGGAAGAUGGGUGUAGGUGAUGGCGAGGGCAUCUCUUUCAAGCACUUCUGGAAUUUAAUCCAGUCACUAGCCACCUCGCAGUUUGGCAACAUCAGUGGUCAGAAGGGCUCGUCAUGCAGCUGUAUUCUCCUGUAAAGAGCAGCUUCUUAGCCCAACACGCAUUUGGAAAUUUAACUCAGCAGAGUAACACAAACACAUCACGCUCAUAAAGAAUUGACAGAAUACAAGGGUCCAUUCUAAGCAUUGAUGACUAAACAUUAGUUUUAACUAGUUUACCUUUGGAUUCAGAUUACUUUGUUUAAGUUCAAAGUAAAAUGUAAACUGAUUUUGAAUAAAAUACUCAAUUUGUC